AUGAAAGGACCGACUGUUGAAAGGAUUGAGAAACUGGCCAACAAACUGUACAAUGAAACCAAGGUCCUGGAACGACGUAAUCAAGGAAAAGAACUCCUCAAUCUACUAAGAAAGAAGGAAGUCCGAAGAAAGCUUGUGGCCGAAUGUACGCCUGAUAAAACUGGACCUGAUGACCUGAGCAUACCCGCCAGAAGGAGGCUUCGCUUGUCACAACUUUGGAGUGUCGUUGUAGCAUCCUCUGUGAGCUCUGUCUCCAACCAUCGCUCUGGAAAAUCAAAGGCCAAGUUGCAACAGUUCGAUGUCGACUUUCCGUAUCAUCUUUUGAUUGCCAGCGAGGAACCGAAUGGCGUUUUUGAUAACGACAGUUUAGCGAUACCCAAGCUAGCAAAGAAGGAUGUGAAUCGGUUACUCAACUAUUGCCUGAAUAUGCUGAACGACGAAGAAGCUCUUAAAUUAUCUGAGACGAAUUUACUUCUCAUGCUACGGCAGCUUUGUUCCAAGGAAGACUACGUUGGGUAUUUCUCAAAGAGCAAGUAUACCAAAGUGUUUGGAGAGAUCGAAGAGCGGCUCACGCCGGCAUGCGAAAAGGAGGCUCCUGCCGUUUUUAAAAUUGCAGCAGAGAUAUUAGACGGCUUAUUUCGAUCAUGUCGGAAGCUUGGACGACAAAUGGACGAAUAUAUCUCUGGAACGUUACACAUCAUUGCGGUAUGGUGCAAGCACGGCAGCGGCGAGAGAACCAAACGAAGUGGGGCUCUUGCUGAUAUGUACAAUACUGUGGCCACGAUUCUAUUCACUCAUCCAGACCAUUCAAUAGGGCCAUUGAAGCGAGCUGGGAGGCCAAUUCUCAGUUGCUGCAAGAAGUGCUACGCAUCAUCCAACGGGAUACAGAGAGAUGCCUUGAACAAUUACAUCUUGUCAAUGCUAUUUGUUUCGCAAGUGGCCGGGGACUACCAGGGAAUGUUGACCGGGGACAUGGGGCGUCUUGGUAAAGCCACCAUGAGUGAUCAGCAUAUCAACGAUUUUCUGGAUCUAGUCAUGGAAGAUAGCGUGCGGAAUUUAAUCUACGAUGAAAGUCAUCAAGGGAAAAGAACCAUUAACCAUAAAUGGAUCAAACCCGACCUGAAACAACAAAGGCACCUGGAAGUCGUCGCUAGGCUUCUUGCCAUUGCACAGCGGAGAUAUCUUGCACAAGCAGAGUUAAGUCUGAUGGGGGAAAGUGUAGAAGAAGGUCUAGGGAAGUAUCUCAAAGUCAGGGAGGACAAUUCAACAGUAUGGGUCAACCCGAAACCACAAGUUGCAAAGCCAUGUCCUCCAGAUGUCUUUGUCGAGAGUCCGUUCGUGAAACAUGUUGUCAAGAGAUUGAUUGCGAAUUCUCAACUGGCCGCAAUUGCUAAACAAAAUAGUGGUAGUGAGCGAGCAACAAUACAGAGCAAAGCAGAUUUUAAAGUCUUGGAGUACCUUCAACAAACAGGGCAUGUACCCCAGGGAACACAGGUUGGACUACUUGCCAUUGUUUGUGCCUGCAUCGAGAUGUUUCCUGCGGGAGAUUGCUGGACAUCCAUGAUUGGAUGCGACUCCUGGCUCCGCUGUCCUUCGCCUUCUAAUGAAUUGCACGGCGGGGUAUUGUAUUUUCAUCCGUCGAGCCUCAAUGAUCUCCACCUCCUUGUCUCCGCCGUCGCGGACUUGCUUGAGGCUAAUGGUGGACCAAGUGGAAAUCAAAGUUUGCAAGGCUGGGCUAUGAUUGCUUUGAGCCGACUUGCAGAAUCUUUUGCCGCCAUACAUUCAAAUGCAAACUGCAAGAUCAAGGAAUAUGAUGCCAUUAGUGCGACAUGGAGGCGAGUUUGGAGAACGUUGCUUCGGACAGAUCUUCGUUAUCAUGUAUACACGAAGGUUUCAACGACAGAUUCAUUGGGGGAGCUUGUAUUGGCCCUUUUAAAAAAGAUGGUCGAUAUGAGAUGCACUGAUCCACAGAUGCUACUGCAAGAUGCAUUUCCAGGAAAGCGGAAAUCAUUCAUGUACGAAAAUCAGCACCAACUUUGGGCUUUACCUGCCUUCGGCGAUAUUCAGAAAGUGACAUCUAUCACCGCCCUGUCGUUGAUAACCUCAAUAUUGGCUGUUGUUGGUCUAUCGAAUUCUGGAAAUGACAUGAUCGAUACAUCCCUCUGUAAGACCCUGUUUCCCUCGGACGAGAUGUUUUCCUUGGGACGCCGCAAGCGGCUCCUCAGCCUAUCUCUGGGAUGCCUUGAAGGUUGGACGUCAGGGUCCCAGCAAGAGGACAUGAAUUCGAUGUCAUUACUACGUGCGGUUCCAGCACUGACCACAAUCGCGCUCGUCAAUGGAACAGUAGGAAAUUCAGUAAAUGAGAUUAUGCAGUCGUUGAUCUCAAAAAGCCAACAGCGAUUUCAAUGUGUUAGUUGCACACCAGAUCAAUCGUGUUUGCCGUGGACACAGUGGUGGAAACGGACUCCGUUGGCACCUAUUGAAGCCACUCUGAAAUCCCUCUGGGUCGAUCACAAUGAUCGUUUCGACAGACCGACAAAUGUGUCCAAUCAUUUUCGGUUGGAUAGUCCAUGGACCAUAGCGAACAGUAUAUUCCAACAGAUUUCGAAGCUUCAACUUUCUACAUCGAAUGGAGAUUUCGUUCCGGAGGUGGAAUCAGACGACCUUCGUAAGAGGAUACUGAAGUUCUUUGAGGAACGGCUUACACCCCUUCCUCUUGAAGAUGACAAGCUAGAUUCGAUGGACCUGGAUGAAAUGACAAAGGACCAACCACUUUCAUUCCAAACGCUGGGAGUCAAAUUGCGGAUGAGUUUGCAUUUGUGUUGUUCGCAAGACAAACUUUCAAAAAGCACCAAGCGUCUUGCAAGAGAAACUGCAACCUUCUUUUUAAACGCAAGCAUGCGACUUUCCACUUCAAAGAACGGCUCACAAUUCUCUGUUGUGGCUACUGAUUUGUUCCACAUAGCAGAAGCGCUGUUGGAAAUUUCACCUCUCGUCGAGUCAUUAAUGGACUCUGAUCAAAUGGCUGAAGUCGUAGAGCAAUACAAGUCAAUGCUACUCGAAUACUUCAAAGCGCAUCGCGAAGGGAGCAUCAGAAAUGCGUUAACUGAGAAACAAGCAGCCACCAAUAAUGGUGAUGCGGAUUUCUUAUCCGAUGACGAGGGAGAUACCUUUGUUUCCGAUGGACCAGCCAGAACGAGCGCCGUAUUCUCUGAUGAUGAUGACAAUGCUGAUAAACCAAGGAAAAGAAAACGAUGGUCUAUGGAUAGCCAAAGCCAGAGUCGAAAGCGACCAAAUCCCCCUCAAAUGACAACAUUCUCGGUAGCGGUUCCUCCAAAUGACGAUUCUGCGAGAAAAAUAGGAUCAAUUCUUGCCGCUUUGGAUCCUUCCCCAGCCUCUUGCAAGCUCGUUUGUCAGGCUUUACUUGGGACGGAACUUGAUUUUGAUCCUUCUGAUAUUGACGGAGACAUCAAUCUUCGCAUGGUUCCUUUCUGUUUGCACUUGGUCAGUUCAGAGAGUGCAAUGUUUCAUUCGAAGGCGAGGCAGCUUUGGAUUGACGGAAGUACUGGAAUGGAAACAAAUCCACAAGGAUCUGUUGUUCAGCUACUCUCAAAUAUCAUCGAUUUCAUUCGGUCUUGUGAAGUCCCUUCAUCGCCAACGUGGGGGGUGGGCGCUUUUGAGUGUGGAAAAGCUGUUGAAGCAACAAAGAUGGCUGGAAAGAACCUUGCCCUUUCCGAAACUGAAAUGGGUCAUCUCAUCGACACUUUGGAGAGCGAAGAUUGCACUCGAAGCCGGCCAUGGUUACGGUCGCAGCGAAUUGGCUCGGCGACGAAUGCUUUUCUUGCUGCAGAUGAUGUCUUUCACCAGAAAUAUGACGAUCUAUUUGUGAAUUCUAUGAAACGCGCCCUGCAAGAUUCAAGCUCUAUUGUAAGAAGGAAGGCCUUUGAUUCUAUUGUAGUUUGUUUGGACAGGCUUGAGAAAGAACGUGUUUCUAGAGCUGUGACGAGUGUACUCCCGCCCAUAACUCUCUUGGUGGAUGAAGAAUCUACGACGGCAGAGUUCAGCGAGUGGUACAAAAGUGUGGGAAGUCUUGCAUCAGGAGUCGAGGAUAACCUGACUACAGAGAUACAAGACGCCUGCGAAGCAAUGGAAUCAGACGCUAUUUUUUGCCAUGCAACAAUUGCUGGCGCUACUCAGGACAUCAACUAUUUCCGAAUGAUGCUGCUCGAGAUCUUGCUGAUAUCAACAAGGCGCCCCGACCUCGAAUACACCUGUUAUCGUGCAUUAGAAAAAGCAGCAAUUGUGCGAGGAUAUAACGGUGUUGAAGCAAUGAUGGAAUCGGAAGGCGAAGGCCUCCUCGCAAGGUUGGUUCAAUCAGGCUGUGUGCACUUUCCGCUGGCGCUGACAGCACCAAAUGUAAUCAGACAAGCACUGGUUUGCGGUGUACAAGCAUCACCAGAAGGGCUUUGCCAAAUGGUACAUUUGAAGUAUGAUGCCGAGAACAUUUUUGCAAACAGAGUUCGCCACGUUCUAGUUCCACUGGUGCUUUUUGAAAUUGUUUCGAAGGACAAAAGUUUGAGUAAACACAACGAGCCUGCGGCUAUCUUUGAAGCUAUGCUUGAGAACGAAAUCAUGGUAGCCGUUUGCGAAACCUUGUCCAAUGAUGGGGAUAUAAGUGAAAUAUUGCCGAGGUUGUUGAAACAUCAUGUUCCAGAUGUGUAUGCUUUUCUCCAGAUAUUCCUUCAUUCUGAGGAGUCGCCACAAAGAGAGGUUGCAGAGAGAUCAACUCAAGUUCUCGACGCAAUCGUUAAGAAAGUAACUGUGCAGGAACGAUUGACAAGGAAGAGAUCACAUGUCGUUCGACGGAUUUUUGAACUCUGCGGAAAUCAGUUUAGUGAUGAUUUUGAACUCGACGUAUCGCGGUGCUUUCGUGCGAUGAUCACAAUCCUCGAUGGCAAUGCAGAAGAGAAGAUCUUGUCUGGUGAUAAAUUCAUGCUUGUUGGGAUGAAUGCUUCAGAAAACUUCAUUCGUGGCUUUGUUCAACUGGAUGAAGCGAAUAUUUCGUUACAUGGGAAGAUCCUCUGGUCUGCUAUCGAGUUACAAUGCAAGUUUAUCGAAUGGCAAAUGCAAGAUGGCAACCUGAAAGAUAUCCAGCUCGGGUUUUGUGUCCAUGUUUUGACAGAAGCAAUGCUCAAAUCAAGUUUGGUGGAACUGCUUCCAGAAAUCCUGGGUUCGCUGAGAUUGCUUCUACAAGGCGCUUUAAAGUAUAUGGACGAAUCAAAGCUGAAAGAAGAGCUCACGCCAGUAAUGCAACGGCUUAUCGGAGCCUGCCUUGUUGUACAUGAAACUUGUCAGCAACGGCUGCUCAAGGAGUGCCGGAAGAAGAAUCAGUCUAUCAAGCAAUUGACUUCUCGGAGUUGUGGGCUUAUGACUUUAUGUGAGAAAGUGUCAUCGAGUGAUGCAUGGGGAUGGGAAGGAACAUCUGACAAUUUCGAAGAGACAAACGAAAGUGACACAAGGCGCGCAAUUGAGGAACAUAGCCAUGAAUUGGACAAAGCGAUAUUCACUGGAAUUACGAAUACAUAUUCAGUUCUUGAGCAAAUUUUUGAAAGCGCAAGUUCACUUGAGCUUCGUUCUGAGCAUUUCCUGACUACUGCGAUGCCAUACGGUAUUUCCACAUCGGAUCUCGCAGUACUGACUCGCUUUGAUAGGCGAUUCUGCGCCCAGAACCUGGCACUUCAAUUCGCAGGAAAACAAUAUUUUGAUUCCGAGAAGGAGGCACAUCGUACAGAUGUAUUGGUGAAGUCUCUAUUAUCAAAGCUGGCAGACAAACAAGCGUGGAACAAAAGUCUGGAAAACCGUGGCCACAAAUUGCUGAAAGUAUCCUCUUUUGUUUCUUUCGGAUCUUUGAAUGUCGACCAAAGACUGUUGUACGCUGGAUUGGUUCAGUUUGAAAAGGAACUCCAAAACGGCAAUCUCGAGGGCGUAGCGAACAAGGAUCUCGAGGAUGUGAUCCGUGAGCUUUCGUUUGUUUGUGGCUCAUUUUGUCCACGAGAUAUUCGGGUUGCGGCUUCUAAGUGUCUUGGAGAGAUCGAUUCUCGAAGACUAGCCACCCUUUGCAACGCCGAGAACGCUCAUGAUUCCACCGACACUCUCUUUGAAGCGUUUGAGAAAGACCAACUGCUUCUCGUCAUGCAAUCGAAAUGUAUUGAAUCGCUUGGAGAGAGACUCAAAGCUUCGGAUGCUUCGACGGCCUUAGUUGCAGCAGAAACUGCGUCAGCGUUGUUCUCCACCAGAGUUGGUAAGAGAUGCUGGUCGCUAGCGAUUGAUAAGGCGGGGAAUGAUGUACUCAGCCCUUUCAUAAGAGCCCAGAGCCGAUCAAAUCGGUCAGGCAAUACACUGUUGACUUCCAUUGAAAUACACCAAUUAAAGUCAAACUUGCAGUCCUCUGAAGGAACGAGUUUAUGGUGUUGGGAUGCAUCGUUAUGGCAGUUGGGGAACACCUUCGAACAUUCUUUCAGAGAAUGGAUUUGCUAUCUUACGAGUGCCAUGAUAUUGUGCUGUUUUCCAUGCACGAAAGAUGACACUGGCCCCAUGCCUGAAGACUCGGAAUUCUUUUGGCAGUGCCAGCGCAUGAGUUUUAUGGACGCAGAGUUUGCAUCACGAGUAUUCCAAUGUCUCGUCAUACGACUUCUAGACACCAAGUCUUCUGAUGAUAUGACAGACUGCACACAGGCUCUGACGGACUCCUUUACUGCGCUCCUUUCUUGCAAUGAGUCGAAUUCAUCGCACGUGUCUGUGCACAUUGCGCAAGCACUUGGCUUGGCCAUCGAUACACUUCACCUACUGUGUCGGCUUUCCAUACAUCAGUUCUCAGCCAGCAAACAUUCGCAAAACCAAUCUAGACGAGACAAGAACGUAUCAAGGAAGAAGUACAACGAAAAUCUUAGUCCACCGGUUCAAUGGCGCGGUUCACCAUUUGGGGUGAUGCUAAAACUAGAUGGGUUGGUUGUUGCUCGUGCGUGCAUUCAUUCACAGCGUUAUGCAUCGGGUCUUUUUUUCCUGGAUCUGCACUUUGAUUCUCGAUUUGGAAAAGCAGGUGCCAUUCUCGAAGACAUUCUUGAAUCUGGAAACACUUCAAAUUACAUGCAUGGCAGCAACAUCUCUGGCGACGUAUCAAGGGGGCGUGGCGAGAUUUCUGCACUCCAACAGGAUCACAUCAAAGAUUCUGCCUUGGCAGCAAUGGAAGUCAAGGCGAAGUGUCUCAAAAAUUUAGAUGAACAGGAAUCACUCGAGGCUCUCCACAUUCAGAGAUCCGCUCUGAAUUUCAUGGAGACAGGUUCCGUUGGUGCCCAUCAGAACUUUGCCGACAGCGGCGGUCCAGUAGAGACGCUUCGCCAUUUGAACAACCAGAGCUUGACCCUUGGCCAACAAUCAAAUUUACCUCUUCAGAUGUCACAUUGCUUUGAUGAACUUGGUUGUCACCAGGUCACACAAUCUUAUAUCGAAGGAGUGCUUUCGAGGCAUUCAAACCUUCAAUCACUUGGUCAAAAUAAUCUUCAACAGUUGAACGAGAAAUGGUUUGAAGCAAGUUUGAGGUUGCGCCAAUGGGAUAUGAUUGAUGAAGCCUUAUCUGGAAUGCAACCAGGAGUUUCGGAAGCCUCUACACAGCUAACAGCGUCCAUCAAUGAAUCCAUGAAUGAUAUUUCUCUUUCCACGAUCGAAGGAACGAAAGCUAGCCGUAGUCCAAGCCUUUCAAGCAACGAACACGGCUUCUUUGAGUUGCUCUCGCGGGCUAUAGAUUCUUUUGAAGACGAAGAUACGAGAUCUUGCUGCAAUUUCUUGGCUCAAAGUAGGUUGUCACUACUCGACGAUUUGGCGCAUUCCGGAUACGGUGAAUCGCCUAUCGUAGGGAUUGCUAAAAGGAUUGAUAAGCUUCGGGCCAUUCGAGAUGUUGAAUCGAUCGCAUCAAAAAUGCAAUGUCUAGAAGACAUUCCAAGAAUCUGGGAUAUUGAUAUCAACGAAGUGAAUUCAAUCAAAUCACCCGGUUCCAAUCGGCAUAUCAAUCUUUUUCCAACUGGGGAUGACGAUUAUAGCAAGUCGAUGAAGGGAAUGGAAAUAGACUUGCAUGACUUCUCUUCGGGAAUUCGGGAGAUUGUACUGAAAUCCCUUUGCAAGAAGCAAGGGAAUUGGUCUGAUCCUUUUUUGUUUGGAAUAAUAGCAUCUCAUUUGGGGAGGCUCAGUGUUAAAGCAAGGGAAGGGGGGCGGAGUAGCACUGCAGAAUCAGCUCUGCAACGAUUGCAUGCGAUUCUCAACCUUCCAGCCCUGGGAAAUAACACAGCAACCAAGGAGUAUUUGCAUCUACAAAUUCGAAUCGAAGAGGCCAAGUUAUCAGAAAAUCGCGGCGCCUUCUCUUCCGCUAUUCGAACCUCAAAGCAGGUCGUCGAUUACUUGAACAGGAAAGAGCGAACGGAGGAGAAUAUGGACGAUGAAGCGAUGCGUCUUUUGACGGAUGCACAAAUAUGCUGUGGUACAUGGAUGGCGAAACACAAGGUACAGCAAUCAAAACUCGUUCUCGACACUUAUUUGAACUCAGGUACAAAGAGAGCAAAAACGAUCUUCGAGGGUGCCGAAACCAGGGAGAAUGCCGAAAGAGCAACGCAUGCUUCACUUGAGUUUGGACAGAUUCUCUCUAACCUAUACGAGGCGCUUCAUUCCCGUGUCACUUCGCUGGAGUGGAAACAGGCUAGUGCGGCACUAGUUCACCAAGAGAAAGAGUUCCAAAAAGCAGAUAAACUACGGCAAGAGGCAGAAGCAAGAGUACACAAGGCAGGGAAAAGGCAUCCAAAGUAUAAAGAGUAUCACAAGGAUUGGGUAGAACUGCAUCAUUUUUGCUCUCAACAAGGCAAAGAUAUAUCAGCAACAAAAGCUGAACGAGAACGAAUCGCCACUUCGAUGGAAGAGUACUUGUUGCAGUCCAUCAAAUCGUUCAUUUCGGCGUUGUCUAUUGCUGAUACCGGCAUGUCGUCAGACUUAUCUCGUCACGUAUUUCGUCUGGUCUCACUUUGGUUUUCAAGUUCUGGCGACGAAGGUGAAAACGAAAACGUCAACGAACUGAUGAGAAAUGGUCUUGAAUCGAUUCCAACUUUUCGCUUCAUACCACUAACGUUCCAACUUGUAUCUCGACUCGAGUCGGUCGGAGGGAAAGGAAACGGAUUUCAAUCGACGCUGCAACGACUCGUAUUCCGAAUGGCUGUGGACCAUCCAUACCAUUUGAUCGUUCCCAUCAUUGCUCUAUCUAAUGGCAAGCGAGUUGAGAGUGGACGUCAUGCUAGCGACUACCUUGAAAAUGUAGGGGACAAGAAAGUCAGCGCUGCAUCCGAGAUGCUUGAACGCUUGAAGAAUGAUGGUCCCAGUUUUGUCGCCAAUAUUCUAGAGUCCUACAUGACCUUGACACAAUCCUACAUCCAGCUAGCUUAUGCCUCGACCACGCAAUUUCAUGAUAAGAAAAAACCUACGAAAGGGAUACGGUUUUCGCAAGUAGCUUCUCCGGGCGAAUCAAAAAGAAAAUCGGGGAUUGCAGCGUUAGAUGUUUGCCUUCGCGCAGCAGAAUGCCCUCCAUGUGUCAUUACUUCUCCCCCUCCUGUUCAACCGGCGGGGAACUAUGGAGAUGGGAUAGAUGAUCCCAUUGGUGCUGAACGAAUUCAUCGCUUUGAAAGCACAUUUGACAUCACUGAUACAGGGAUCCACCGGCCCAAAAUUGUAGUUUGCAUUGGGACAAAGGGUGGUCAGUUCCGCCAGCUCGUAAAAGGGGAGGACGAUUUGCGACAGGAUGCGAUCAUGACACAAGUCUUCAGAUAUGUGAAUGGAUUGAUGAUGCGUCGUGACCAUACGUCCCGUCCCGGAUCCCGUUCUGCCCAGCAAGGGCUACAAAUGGUUACGUACAAUGUGUCGCCUCUAAGUCCGAUGAGUGGAGUAUUGGAGUGGGUCGAAGAUACCAUUCCGUUUGGAGAUUAUGAAGAAGACAAAAGAACGCAAAGAGGCAAUAAGUCAGCCGGCGCGCAUUCUAGGCUAUAUCCAGGAGAAUGGGGAAAUUCCCUGUGCCGAGUCCAUCUUGGUGAAUCACCACAUGGGGAGAAAAGGAGAAGCUUUGAUGAGAUUUGCAGAAGACACUCGCCUGUUUUCCGAUUCUUUUUUACUGAAAGAUUUGGCCACAAUCUACAGGCUUGGCAUGCCGCUAAGAUGAAGUAUACUCGUUCCGUUGCAGUCGGUAGCAUCGUUGGUCACAUUCUUGGAAUUGGAGAUCGUCACUGCAAGAACAUUCUUGUUCACGAAAAGACUGGUACCAUUGUCCACAUUGAUUUUGGAAUCGUUUUUGAACAAGGCAAGCUAUUGACGACCCCCGAAAGGGUACCGUUCCGUCUCACGCGGAACAUGGUUGAUGGCAUGGGCCCAUCGGGUGUCGAAGGAACCUUUAUCAAAUCGGCGGAAGAAACGACUGCGGUCCUUCGCAAAAACUCGGAUGCCUUGCUCACAAUCUUGUCUGCUGUUGUGGAUGAUCCGCUGUACAAAUGGAGUCUAAGUCCUGUAGAGGCAAGGAAACGUCAAAAGAGCGACAGCGACAAGGACGACAAGAACAGCGGUUCCUCUGGUAGACGAGGUUCUCGGGCGACCAAGAAUGGCACUAGUGAAACAAGCCCAUCUGAAGAAAAUGGAACUAUCGACAAUAAUAACAAAAACAACAAGGAAGAGAACAAGGCUGGUCUCAAAGCCAUUGCCAAAAUCAAAGCCAAAUUGCAAGGAUACGAAGAUUCUACUUCAGGUGAACUGCAUGGCAUCGAAGGUCAAGUCCAAGUGUUGGUAAAUUCGGCUCGAGAUGCUGACAAUCUUUGUCAAAUGUUUCCAGGAUGGUCACCAUGGAUCUAG